AUGUCCUCCAAGCACUUCAUCAACGAUCCCACCCACCUCGUCAAUUCUGCACUCCGCAGUCUUGUCUAUACGAAUCCUUCUCUUGCCCUCGACUCCACGAAUAAGAUUGUGUACCGCCGGCCCAGCCAUGCUCCUCGGCAAGUUUCCAUUGUCUCGGGCGGUGGCGCUGGCCAUGAGCCGAGCUUUGCCGCCAUGGUAGGCCAGGGCAUGCUUUCAGCUGCGGUUUCGGGAACAAUCUUUGCCUCGCCAUCGUCGGAGCAAAUUCGGGUUGGCGUACAGGCGCGUGUCGACACCUCGCGGGGCGUUCUUGUCACUGUAAUGAAUUAUACUGGUGACGUGCUCAACUUCGGCGUUGCCGUCGAAAAGGCGAGGGCGGCCGGCAUUGACGUUGAAAUGGUAGUUGUCGCCGACGACGUUGGUGUUGGUAGGGAAAAGGGUGGAAAGGUAGGCCGGAGAGGCAUUGCUGGAACCGUCUUGGUCCACAAGAUUUCUGGCGCCCUCGCCGCCUUGGGACGGCCCUUGAGCGAGGUCGCCAAGGUAGCUCGCCUGACGGCUGAAAACCUCGUCAGUGUUGGCGCUAGUCUGGAGCACGUCCACGUUCCCGGCAGGGCGAUCACCGACAGCGCCGAGGAUAAGCUCGAGAUUGGCGAGGUCGAGAUAGGUAUGGGUAUUCACAACGAAGCCGGCUCCGGGCGUGCCAAAAUCGAGUUUCCUGAGCUCGUGGCCCGGAUGCUCACGCAAUUGCUCGACCCCAACGACAGCGACAGAAACUUCCUUCACGUCAACUCGAACGAGGUUGUCCUGUUGGUCAAUAACUUGGGAGGUGUGAGCGUUCUUGAGCUGGCGGGUAUCACGGCCGAGGUUGUAGAGCAACUCGAGAAGAACUGGAGCAUUCGCCCGGUCCGCAUCCUGAGCGGCACGUUCAUGACGAGCUUAAACGGACUUGGGUUCAGCAUAACUUUGCUCAAUGUUGUAAACACUGAUAUCGGGGGCCCGGGCAUGAUCGAGCUUCUGGAUGCCCCGUGCGAGGCGACUGGCUGGUCGACUCCCAUUGGCAAGAAGACGUGGGAGGAAAAGAAUACCGCCGAGAGGUCUGAUACUGUCAACGAACAAAAGGCCAUCAAGGACAGCGGCCUCAAGUGGGAUACCGCCGUUGCUACCGCGGCGCUAACCAAGGCUCUUGAGAGGUUGAUUUCGGCUGAGCCUGAGAUUACCAAGUAUGACACUAUUGUUGGCGACGGAGACUGCGGUACUGGUCUAAAGCGCGGCGCUGAAGGUGUUUUGAGCCAUCUUGCCGCGAAUCCUUUCACGGGAGAUGUGGUCGUCGAUGUUGCUAAUAUCGUCCCCGUUAUUGAGAACACGAUGGACGGCACCUCGGGCGCCCUCUUCUCCAUCUUCCUCAACGCCCUAGUGCACGCCCUCCGACGCCAGGGACCUGGAAGAGCCACUGCCAACGUUUGGGCUGCCGCCCUUCAGAGCAGUGCUGAUGCUCUCGGGAAGUACACUCCGGCACGUCCCGGUGACCGCACUCUCGUUGAUGCCCUCUACCCAUUCGUCGAGGUCCUGGGCAAAACUGGGGAUUCUGGAAAGGCAGCCGAGGGGCUAGGCUGGGUGCUGAACGCACCAAGGGUAUGCUACCUGGUCUAG